CCUCCAUGUGGAAGUCAAUUUUGACGAAAUCGGCAACAUUUUUACGAAGGGUGGAGUCCGUUCAAGCAUACAAGAAUAAUUCACUACUUACAAAGCUUUGUCUGUUUUCCAAGUGUAGCCAUACUCAACGAAGUUUUACAGUGUGUCAAAGAUUUUAUUGUUCACAAACAACAGGUUUUAAAUCAAUCCAUUCAUUCUUGCCAUCUGGUUAUUGCCAUACUUCUGUACGAGACUUUUCAUGCAGCACCACCCAAAACAAAUCACAACAGAUUACAACAAAUGAAGUGGAGGACACAGAAGAAUUAGACCAGCUAUACAAAACAGUUGAAUUGAAGGUCAAAGGGCACGAUGAUUCAUUGCUGGACAGCUAUGAGUUGUUUGUUACCAUGGCAGCCAAGGAGCUUGGCAUCCAAGUGGAGAGCGUAACCAAACCAUUGAAAAGGAUACAGAGAUUGACUCUUCUGAAGUCCAGGCAUAUCUUCAAGAAACAUCGAGUGCAAUACGAGAUGAGAACACACUUCAGAGUCAUUACGUUAAUGCACCUGACUGGAACCACGGCUGAUGUAUUCUUAGAGUACGUUGAGAGAAAUCUUCCUGAAGGAGUCGCAAUGAAAGUGACAAAAUGUGCUCUAGAGAAGCUGCCUGAGCAUCUACAAACCCCUCCUGAGGCGAGCAUUGAUUCAUCCUCAUCAACUUCCGCAUCCUCCUCUUCCUCAUCGGAAGAUGAAGAUGAAAGUCUGAGACAAGUUAAGGAGUAGCAAUGAUACAUUUAGUUUUUCAGUCACAUUCAACAUUACUUGGGGUUCUCAUUGUAUCCAGUGACCAGUUUCAUGGAGCUGCUUUUAAAGGUCGGGUAUCAGAGUGGUUGUUGUAACGUCAUCAUCAUCAUCAUCAUCAUCAUAAUCAUCAUCAUCAUCAUCAUCCCUUGUCCUUUGAUGGAAUAGUAGAAGCACACUUUUCUCCUUCCCCGAUUUAGAUGACCGCCAGAAGGAGUCCAUAAGAUUAGGUGCGAUUUGGGUUGAUCAGUUGUAUGCAACAUAAUGUGAAAGUUUCAGCUGAAAACCUGUCUAUGCGCUAAGCACAACAGAACUACGCUUACCAGAAUAGGGUUACCAGCCAAAAUUACAUCUGUGUGGGUUGUAUCAUGGAGGCAUGGUUGUAUCUUGCUUCUUUUUGCUUAGCCAAAAGUUGUUAAGCAUAAUUUUUUGCUUAAGCGGCUCUUUGACAUUUAUAGGCCCUAGUUGCCUCUCCAAUUUUCUUUUUAAAUGCUUUCACAAAAAUUGAAUUGACCACUCUCGCUAUUUUUUGUUAGGUUGGGCAUGAGUGUUAGAAUUUAUGGGCAAACGUACAAAUAUUUCUGAACGCGAAUUGAUAUCCUGUCUGUUUGUUUACAAAUUGGGUUUUGGGUUGCGCUGAGUCAGUUUAUCAACUGACAGAUUUAAAAUUGGGGUUUGGUCAGUUACAUCUGUUUGGGUGUGGUCCUAAUUCUAACCAGAGUCGUUUUGAUGUGGGUCAUUACUCUGACAAGUAAAAAAGACAAUUAAUUUAUCCUCAAUAAUUCUGUUUUUCUGAAUUUUCAGUUCCGUCUCAUUUAAUAAUCAGAACUACAAGUCUUUAUUGUGAAAAUGCUUAUAAAUUGUGAGCAUAGUAUGUUUAACCUGUUGGAUUUGAUGAUGUAAUAAAGACAACAAUCGUGCAAAACCA